GCGACAGAGAGGAAGCAGCCCUUUCCCUCACUCCUCUGCCGGCUUGCUUCCCUUUCUCUCCGUGAGGAAGAAGCCCGGCGGGGAGGAGAAGAUGGCGAGCUCGCAGGACGCGCUCAGGGAGACAACCCGGCUGGCCUCCUCCAGCGCCCUCUUGCAGGUACUGUUCCGGCUAAUUACUUUUGGGUUAAAUGCUUUUACGUUGCGAUAUGUAUCAAAAGAAAUUAUUGGCCUUGUGAAUGUAAGGUUGAUGCUGCUUUAUUCAACAGUUGUUUUCUUAGCCAGAGAGGCAUUUCGCAGAGCUUGCCUGAGUGGAAAUACCAGGAGAAACUGGACCAAAACAUUUAAUCUUUUGUGGCUAACUGUCCCCUUGGGUGUGUGUUGGUCUCUCUUCCUGGGAUGGGUCUGGCUAGAUGUACUUGAAGUCCCUGAUGAAAAUACUGUCCCUCACUAUAACUUUGGAGUAGUUGCCUUUGGUCUUUCUGCUGUGAUUGAACUCCUGGGUGAACCUUUUUGGGUUUUAGCACAUGUGCACUUAUUUGUAAAGCUGAAGGUAAUUGCUGAAAGUCUGUCAAUCAUUUGCAAAUGUUUUUUUACGGUUAUUCUAGUGGUCCUGUACCCUCAUUGGGGGCUAUACAUUUUUUCUUUGGCUCAGCUUUUCUAUACCAGCAUUUUGGUAUUAUGCUAUGUAAUAUAUUUCAUGAAGUUUCUGGGCUCUCCCGAAGCAACCAAAAAAUCAUUCCCUGUUUCACGGAUCACAUCUGUUUUACCUAAUUUUGGAGGAGAUGAUGAAUUUGUAAACUGGAAAGAAGCCAGAUUGACCUGGAGUUUUUUUAAACAAUCAUUUCUGAAACAAGUUUUAACAGAGGGUGAGAGAUAUGUGAUGACUUUUCUGAAUGUGUUGAAUUUUGGAGACCAGGGUGUAUAUGACAUAGUGAACAACCUCGGUUCUCUGGCUGCUAGAUUUAUAUUUUUGCCAAUAGAGGAGAGUUUUUAUGUUUACUUUGCUAAAGUUCUGGAACGAGGGAAAGAUAUCAAGCUGCAGAAACAGGAUGAUAUUUCUAUGGCAGCAGCUGUAUUAGAAUCAUUGCUAAAACUAGUUUUUCUGGUUGGCCUGACUAUUACAGUUUUUGGUUAUGCGUAUUCUCAGUUGGCACUGGAUUUUUACGGAGGCUCCAUGCUCAGUGUUGGAUCAGGUCCAAGUCUCCUACGUUGUUAUAGUUUAUAUGUCUUGCUGAUUGCUGUAAAUGGAGUAACAGAAUGUUUUACAUUUGCAUCAAUGAGUAAAGAAGAAGUGGACAGGUACAACUUUGUCAUGCUGGCUUUGUCCCUUAUAUUUUUGUUCAUGUCAUAUUUCUUGACGUAUUGGCAAGGCAGCAUAGGUUUUAUUUUGGCAAACUGUUUCAACAUGGGGAUCCGAAUAGUGCACAGCAUCCAUUACAUCUACAAAUAUUUUGAAAAAAGCCCUUAUAGGCCUCUAAAAGGUCUUCUCAUUUCACGAUUGCUUAUUGUGGUUUAUAUCAUUAGUGGAGUUGCCACCGGUGUCUCAGAGGUAUUCCUGUGCUGUGAUAAAGGCUGGAUGUCAAGGUUAAUUCACAUUGCUGUGGGAACAGCCUGCUUUAUAGCAACUCUUGCUACUAUAUUUUUCACAGAAACCAAGCUGAUACAGUUUGUCAGAACACACAUUUUAUCAAGAUAUUCCAAAGAAGGAAUAAAAUAAUAAUAUGCACAUGGAUGUAUAUGUUUGCAACAGAGUAUUUUAUACUUGACACAGAGAAUUGAUGUACAGGUUAAAGAUGUAAGAAUGUCAGUGAAAAUAAUGCAAUGUGAUGAGGUGAGGGUCUCCACUCAAAAUAAUUUAAGGCAACAGGUUUGCUUCAAACUCUAUCUGUGCCAGGGGCAAGCAACUUGGCAAGCAGAGGGUUGUUUUGUAAAUGUAUCCAUAAGCUCAACAGUACUGCUGAUUAUGCAUUACAUUUGCACUUAUGCAAAUGUAUGGGCUCAUGGCAGGGGCUAGUAAAUAUUUAUUUCAUAUUUACCUGCAAUAUAUAUUAGGGACCAGGCAUUCCCAUGACGUUAUUGCUACAUAAAAAUGAGAGUUGCUAAAUUCCUUGUUCCUAAAUUUAUUUCCAGUCAGACAGAACUAGACAGGCAGUUUAUUCAAAAAUAUUUCUUUUAUUAAAACAAAAUUGUUUGUUGCAUUAUGUCUCAUUUUAGAAUCACUUCAGCUUCUAAUAUUUCAGCCUUUAGGGAAUUUUGUUCAUAGAGACAGUUUUGUUGAAAAGUAGGUGAUCUGUCUUCAUAUAUAUUAUCAAUAUUGGACAACAUCCAGGUUUGUGUGACCAGACAUCUUCUUGGGCCUUUUCUCUCAUCUCCCUCGGCACCUACAGUCUUUUCCACAGAAUCUCCCUACCAUCUGUAAUAGCUUUUGACAGCGUGCUAUGUUUGUGUGUAAGAGAGCGCUGCAGGAAAAAAUGGGUAUUUCAGCUUUUUCUGUCCAGCUGGAAGAAUCUGUCAACUGGGAACAAACCACUACCUAAAAUAGUUGUUAAUACAAAACCUAGAAUAUGCAUCAAAGUAAUAAUAGGAGAGUUUUCUUUGUAAAAUGAAAUUUUAAUAUGCAGUUGAAAUGAGGGAUAUUAAUUUUAAUUGUAUAUUCUAUUUUAAAUGUUAAAAUGGAGACAUUCCUGCUUGCAGCAAUUUCCACAUUAAAAAAAACAAAGCUUUUUUUGGAUUAUAAUGAAGUAAAAACCUCAUAGGGAAAGAAGAAUAGUAUCUGGAGAACUGGAACAAAUGGAAGCCAGAACAUCAUGUUAUCAGCAUAAACAUAGACAUUCAGCAAACCUGAAAUAUGAUACACAUUUGAAAUAGAAUUAUUUAACAUAAAUCUAUGCAGCACUCAGUUAACAAAAGGUUUAACAAACUUUUCCCCCCAAGUCUUUUUAUCACUCCAGCUCCCUUGCCUACUCACCUUCUGUCUAGUUGGAAGGGUUUUUUAAAUGCGCAUUGGCAUUGGGAGUAUGGAGAAAUGCAGACUUCAAUGCCAGUUUGGAACAGUGAAUAUGCAGUCAAAAUAAAGUUGGGAAAGAAUGGGAUUCUAUUCUUGCAUAGUUUACUGUGUGUGCCUACCUACAUUGGGCAGGAUAAACAGCAGUUGCCUUCAGUUCUAUUAUAGAGCAUGUAAAAACAGUAAAAUAGAGAAAGAGAAAGGAAGGAAAACAGAUAAACCUACCUCAAGCUGACAAAAUAAAAAUCACAAGAACAGUGUAAACUGAUGAAUGAUAAAGAUGGAAAAUAUUAUUUUUAAUUUACAGAAUGCUUAGCAGAUGUGAUUGUUGCAUUUCACAAGUGCCCAGUGUUAAAUUUGAAUAAAACAACAAUUGAAA